GAUCGAUAUGGGUGUGUGAGAUGGGCUCCUACGGAUCUACCCAGUGGCUAGACCGAGACGACAUUGGAUGAGAUGAAAAUGCGCCUGCACCGCAUGUUUUCAGAGGAUGGCUUUGAUGGCGUAGAAAGAGCUGAGCCACUAAUGGAAAAGACUUACAUACUGCAAUGUAGGUACCUUAAUCAGGUACCUGCACCAACCAUUGACAGGGUUAUAGAAGAAUGGCCCUUUCUGUCUUCACGAAGAUGCCUUUACUCACACUUUAAGCUGCUCACAGAUGUCUCUAUCAUCAGCAAGCUAAGAGAGGCCAUCCACAGCAAAGGCAGCACAAUUGUUAAGUUCUGCCAGGGACUCAGCCGUUAUCCGGGGAUCGCUGAAGUCCUGGCUAAUUAUGACGUUGAAGUUUCAGACAAGGCCAUGUGUGUUCUACAGCUGCUAAGGACAUACUUUAAAGAACCACAAGACGCCAUCGUGCUUGAGCCUGAACCAUCUGCCACAGCUGCCGACGUCCAAAGGAUGACCAGAUUGCCGAGCACACCUCGCUUGAUUGUCCAAGGUGAUAUGAUUAAGCCUGCAUGGUUGCUCUCCAUCGAAGGACAAGUUGUCAUGGGGCCACACGCAGACUUUAUCACUGGUAUUGCUUCGCUGUUUUCCAGUUACUACUGUUUGAAUCUUCAAUAUCCAAAAGAGUCUACAUGCACUCUUGAAUUUAUUCAAAGGUGCUUCCUGGGCAUCAACCCUGAUACAGGAUCUAAAUCCAAGAAGAAGCAGGGAGGCAUCAAUCAGCAAGUUUGUUCUCUGCUGCGCAAACUUGUGGAUUUUGAAUGGAUGGCAACAUAAUCAGAUUUUGUGUUAAAGGAGAACUCCGGUCAAUUUUAACAUUGAGCUCAUUUUUUUGUAAAUUU